AUGUUGCAGAAUUCUUUCACGUGUCGAGUGAGUGCCCCAAGUCCUCCCUCAACCUCAACGCUGAGGGAGAGACAAAGAGAGAGAGAGAGAGGUGGUUUUGUUUCCUUCUAUCUCCUUUGUCUCCUUUGCCGCCAGAGGGCGGGCAUCUCUGGUGAGGUUGCCCGGAGGUGAAACGACGUCGUCAGGAAGUGAUUCUUCCACCGCUUCAAUUAGGAACUGUACCCUAGACAAGUAGACACAAUGUGUCAGGCGGACAACAUCCACAAAAGAUCAGCCACAGUUGACAACAGAGAUUCUCCGAUGGUUCCACCAUGGCCCGGUCCAGUCAAAAACAGUUUUCAUAAGAGGUUAUCAUCGAAUGCAUCACCAGUAAGGAGGUGCAACUACGUCUCCAAGGCAACAACAGAUUUAUGGGGGCGCCUCUUUGACGAAGGCUAUAGAGCAGAUGUUGCUAUUCAUACGGAUGAUGGGGGCAUCGUCUAUGCACAUGCUAACCUUCUUGGAAUGGCUUCUCCUGUAAUGAAAGGCCUGUUGAGGCAACCAAAAGUGUCUCGUCGUCCACGAACAAUCUCUAUUCAAGGAUUUCCAUAUGACGCAGUUAGAGUGUUUAUUCGUUUCUUGUACUCUUACUGCUAUGAAGAAAAAGAAAUGGAGGAGUUUGUUGUAGCCUUGUUGGUGCUUUCACAUCUCUAUGCGGUUUCUCCGCUGAAGCGAGAGUGUGAACAGAAGCUGGAAGGUGGCUUGCUUACCAAAGAGAAUGUAGUUGAUAUUUUUCAACUUGCAUUACUGUGUGACGCCCCUCGGCUUAGCCUUAUUUGUCACCGUAUGAUCCUGAAGAACUUUAAAGCUGUUUCUGUGACUGAAGGAUGGAAAGUUAUGAAGCAGAGUCACCCAACACUAGAAAAGGAACUCUUGGAAUCUGCAAUUGAAGAAGAUAACAGGAAAAAGGAGAGGAUCAGAAAGAUAAAUGAGAGAAAAAUAUAUCUGCUAUUAUAUGAUGCAAUGGAGGCUCUUGUGCACAUAUACAGAGAUGGUUGUCAAACAAUUGGACCAUGCGAUAAGGACUUUAAAGAGAAUAAGGAUCCUUGUAAAUAUGUCGCCUGUAAGGGACUGGAAUUGCUCGUCCGUCAUUUUGCUGGUUGUAAAUUGAGAGUCCCUGGUGGUUGUAUCCAUUGCAAGAGAAUGUGGCAGCUGUUGGAGUUACACUCCCGCCUUUGUGCUGAUUCCCAUGUCUGUAAGGUUCCUUUGUGCAGGAACUUUAAAGAGAGAAUUAGGAAACAGAGUAAGAAAGACGAGAUUAGGUGGAAGAUGUUAGUGAAAAAGAUUUUGAGAACAAAGAAAAUCGCAGGAGCGCCGUUCUUAUCAUCGGGAGUUGUGAGCUCUUUGUGGCAAUGACGUCUUUUUCUAAUGGAAUGAUUCCAUUGUACAUUUGCUGUGAUCUAAGUAGUGUGUCUUAUGUACCUUCUCAAUCUGUGAUGAAUAAGAAGCGGAGAAUGACUUCCUGUUUUUGAAGUUAAUUUCAAAAAAAUUUGGUAAGAUACAAGUAAAAGCUUCGUCUGGUACUUGGGCCUAUCACUAGGUAUCCAUUGCCUUAUGAAGACUCAAAACUUCUAUUAUGGAGUUACGUACUUUUGGCAGCUGAUAAAUUCUCG